CAAGAUUUUAUUUAUGAGGUUAAGGAACUCCAAGAGUAUGGAUUUAGUUAUAAUGAAAAAACUUAUACCCUUUUAUUGCAGGCAUUUAUAUGUGAUUCACCGGCUAGAGCUUUUUUAAAAAAUAUUAAAGGUCAUAACAGUUUGCAUGGGUGUGAACAAUGUUGUGCAGUUGGAUUGUCAGUUAAUCAUCGUACAAUAUUUGUUAACCCAGGUUGUUUUAAUGCAGAAAGACGCACUGAAGAUAAAUUCUUCAACUUGGCAUAUAUUAAUAGUCACCAACAUGGUCCAACACCAUUAGUACAAAUAACAAAUAACUGUUUAGGCAUUUUUUCUCUGGACUACAUGCAUUUAGUUUGUUUGGGUGUGGUUAGACGAAUGCUUCAAUUUUUGAAAAAAGGAGAUAGAGUAGUAAGAUUAUGUAGCCGUCAAAUUUUAAAUAUAUCUGAAAACCUCCUUGAAUUAAGAAAGUACAUCCCUAGUGAGUUUGCGAGGCGUCCUCGGGGACUGAUUGAAUUGGAUAGGUGGAAGGCUACAGAAUUCCGCCAAUUCUUGUUAUAUACAGGUCAAGUUACAUUAAAAAGCAUAUUAAAACCAGAUUUGUACAAACAUUUUUUAACAUUGUCUGUUGCUGUUACUAUUUUGCUUUCACCUGAUAAAGAUAAACGAGUUCAAUAUCUUGAGUAUGCACAAAAACUAUUAGAACAUUAUGUUCGACACUGUCAAAAGUUUUAUGGAGAUAAUUUUGUUGUGUAUAAUGUUCAUAAUUUACUCCACCUAGCAGAUGACGUACGCUUUUUUAAUUUAUCGCUUGAUGAAAUUAGUGCUUUUUCAUUUGAGAAUUUUUUCCAAACACUAAAAAAGUAUGUUCGGACACCAAAAAACCCACUUGUCCAAGUUGCUAAGAGGAUUGAAGAAUCUGAAAAUAUUGAACAUAUUCGAAAAGGUAAUAUUAAGUUAAAACAAAGAGAAUGGAGGCUAUCAACACUUCCUAGAGACUCAAUAGUGUUGCUUAAAAAUAACACUUAUGCUCAGAUUAUAGAAGUUAGAACAAAUGGAUAUUUUUGCUGCCUUUUUGACUGUUCCUAUCUACAACCUUUUUUUAUAGAACCAUGUUCUUCAGCACUUGUAGGUAUCUACUAUUCAGAAAACCGCCAUAAACAUACCAAAACAAAACUGGUGACUAAUGAGGAUAUUGCAAAAAAGGGGCUUAAACUGCCAUGUGAAGAUGGAUAUGUCCUUAUGCCGUUUCUGCACUGUAACGAGUAGUAGUAAAUUGUAGAUAAAAUAAAUAUUUAUUAAUUUUCCAUUGGUUUUUAUUGAUAUUCUAAUAAUUUUUUUUAUGCUCUUUAUGCUAUAGUAUUAUUGUAUGGUAUUUUUUUUGUGUCAAGUUUCAAAGUUUGGUUUUCUGUGGUUAUAAUUUAAUAUAUAAGAUGAUAAUUUUAAUAUAAAAUUUUAGAAGAUAUCUUUUUAUUUUCCAGGUUAGAUAUAAAAAAAUAAUAUAAAUGGUCGUAUUUUAGGUCUGCAAUUUUUCUGCCUCAAACACCUGAAAGUCAGCAGUUAGGUUGGCAUUGCCGAAUGCCAACCCUACUUCGGAGGAUUCCUAAUGUUAUGGAUACGAGCAGUCUGGAAGGAAAAAUCAAGAGACGAAGAAGGGACUUUGCCAAGCAAUUGGGUAGAAGAAAAAUUUGUUAGAUGGCCUCCAAAAAAUGUUAGGUAUUUAUAUGAGCAGAGAGUUGAGCCUCAAUCCAACUGGUUCAAAUUUGAAUUAGUGAAAAUAAAAUUCUGUUCAGAUAGCUUUCAGGAAUGUGAAAAUUUUGAAUAUACAAUAUCAACAGACAUUGAUGAACCUCUUGUGGAGAAACAAAUAAAAAAAAGAAAGCUACCGACAAACUUUGUAGAAAAUUCAGAUGAUAGUGAUGACAACAAUUAUCCACACAAUUCCAAUGAAGAGUUGUCCAAGUUCCCCACUCCUCCAAAAGCGCUCAGCGAACUAAGUUCACGUUUACAUUGUAGACAAAUUAAAUCUACCACUAAUUCAGUCUGUCAAAGUUUUCUUGCUCAUCCAAAGCUUACAUCAAGCAUUAAAACCUCUCAGUCACAACUACCUUCAACAAUACAUAACCUAGUUGUACCCAAAAAACCUAGCCAAUCAUGUUUUCUGUUAGCUGCAUCAAACAUACCAAUCAGGUCAACACCAAAAUCUACCCAGUCACGUCUGCCAAUUCCAGUCACGUCAACACCAUCAAACCAACUGAUAAGGUCAAUACCCAAGUCCGUCCGCACCGUCAGAUCACUAAAAACAGUAGCUAGUGAUUCUUCUACAGUCAAAUCAAGAAAUAGUGCAUCCAAUGAAGUAAAAGCACCGAUCCAUUAAAUGCAAAAUUCCAGAAGUCAGUUCUCUUCAAACUGUCACAACUCACCAUAGAAAUCUUGGAAGUUAAAAAGCUCCUUGAGCGACAAUCGAUGCCAGCUGCUUUACUAAGUGCUAACAACUCAAUGGACUCUUUGUAAAUUAGUGAUGGCCCCAUUGACACAGUUGAACAAUACAAGUCGUUGGCUUUUCGUUGUGAAAGUCCUGCUGCAAGUACUCUUUUGUUACAUUUGCUAAAGAAAAUUGGUGGAUCAGAUCUGGGAAAGACUACUGCGUAUAUUAUGUCGCGACUUUUUACUAAUUCUUUGAUGUCACAAAUGAACAUGGAUGGUCGAGGAAAUUUGGGGAAAGUUCCAUUCAGAAGAUCCUCUAUAUGUAAAGUUGUUGUUGAUUCUAUAAUGUACAAUUUCCCCAAUAUGUCUGUAGCUCAAGCACAUAAUGCUAUAGCCGCAUAUUUAAAACAGGCCUCAUGGCGGAUAGGAGGACCAAAAAAAAACAUCUUUGAGAAUAAAGAAAACGUUAUUAAUGAUGAUCAAAAUGUAGAGGAAGACGACCAGGAGACGAGUAUGAAUGAUGAUGUUGAUCAAGAACCGGCGCCGAAUAACAAAGAGCGGGCGCAUGAUGAACAAGUACCGGUGCACGAUGAACAUGCGUUGGACGAUAUACUUGAAAGAUUUUUGAGAAAGCAUAAACCAGAGCAAAAUAGACUUUUUUACACGGAUUUAACGUCACUGUAAUAUUGCUAGUGCUAAGAUAAAAUAAUUACUGCGAUUAAA